AUUCGCGAUGUCCGAAGCCUUCGAUUUCGUGAGAGGAUCUCUCGUUACUCCGGUUGGUGACAAGCGGACCGGUUUCGACCUCUGUUACGCUUACCCGGAGGUUGAUACAGCCGACAAGUCGGACUCGGUCGUUUCGACAAUCCCUUCGACAAAUCCGCGAAAAUCUUGCGACGUUAAAUCGUUGAUCGAAGACGGUUUGUACGCCGAUUCGGCCGAACCGUUGACAAAAACCGUAGUGAAACCUUAUCAAUUGAACCAGUCGGACAUCAAUAAGUCACGACAAGAGAAGUACAGUAGAAAUCUCGAAAUAGCCAUUCGAGAGGUGAAGAUCCAUCCGAAUCAAACGGCGGCAUCCGGAAGUUUGAAUUCGACGAUCAAAGUUGAUUACGUUGCUUUACUGUACAAGAAAAAGAUAAUCUGCAAAAUUUCGAAACCUUUCAAUAAACAGCUGUACAAGUUACUUUUCAGCGAUCCACCUGAUUCAGCAAAUCUCUCGAUACAAGUUCAGGCACACGAUGGUAGCUCGAGUGUUUUGCCUCUUCCGCUGCCAAGGCACACGGUUAAAAAUAGUAGAAUUGAAAUUGACUUUUCCAUUAGCACCGUCGACGGAGUCGUUCAUUCGGGUACGGUGACGUGCACGUUUUCACUAAUGGUUAGCAGACAAACCGAAUCAUCAAUGAUGAAUCCACCCAGCUUCUACGCGCCCACGAGUGAUCCGAAUGACCCUCGAAACAGUGCCUUUCUAUGUCGCACCAAAAAGAAAAAUACCCCCAAAAACGUAAACUACUUUUCGCUCGAUCAUCCGGCACUACGUUUUAUCGACAAAGAUAACCCGCUCCAGCCCGCGCCAAGGACUGCUACCAAAAAAAUUGAAUACCAAGAAGUGGAAAACGUCGUCAUCGAACACGCUGCUUUCAGUCACGGCAAUAUAUCCAUCAAGCAAUGGUUCCAGGCUAGACAUCCGUUGAGACCUUCGUCCUCCACGUAUUCCCACAAAUUACGCAGAGGUAAAAAGGAGCUUCUGGUUAUAACGGUAUUGCGAGGGGUCGAGAUACCCGUGAGGGAAGAAUCAGCGCUGGUACAACCUCUUCUGGAAAUCGAAUGGGGCGACACGGUUCAAGUUACCACACCAGCCGACGGGCCUGUUCCGAUAUGGCACCAGACGUUCCAUUUCGAAGUGCCGGAGCAGAGCGAGGACCAGAGUGUAAAACUUCGUCUUUUUGACCAGCACCCCGUGUGGGGACUGCAGUGGCUGGGCGAGGCCUCUAUCCCCAUGGAAAACCAUCGGGAUUAUCAGGAAUUGGAACGCUGGGUUGGUCUGUCACCCCUCAGUAGCCCGGUGCUCAGUCUCGGUUACGUUCAACCGAGUCCGGGACUCUCCUACACCAGAUUUUAUAUUCUUAUGAAAAUGGAGCAGCCUGGAAAUCCGAGACCUCGCAACAACGGAUCGGUCGAUGCACUUUCCAGAGCUAUACAGAGGUGCGCCAUGGUGCCCUAUAAACUAGAGAGAAUUGAUAAUCCCCUCGAUGCCAGCAGGCUUACGAUGCUCCUGCCCUCGUUGCCCCUCCGUUACGGCCCUUUGACCCCGAAACAAGCAUUGUCUCUCAACAAAGUUGAUCAUUACGGACGAGCGGCUCUCCUCGCCUCUCUGCUCCGAGGCUUGGACAUGCAGUCCGCCGUGAUCCUAGGUUCGUCGCAAACGAGAAAACGUGCCGCUUACGUUCUGACGAUAGACGAGAAUAUGGGAACGGUGAUUUGGAAUCCGGAAAACGGGGAGCAUUACAGUCCGGGAGAUAAUCGCUGUUCGAUCGUCAAAGUUUUCCGUCUGAUAAGCCACCAAAAUAUUUGGGAAAACACGCAACAGAAUGUAUCCCCGGGGAUUUUGAAGUACGAGGUAAAGUCUUCGAAGGAUUGGAGACCGAUCGGACGAGGUAACGAAGCGAACGAUUCUCGACCUGCUCAGAUUCUCGAAUUAAAUAACGCGCUGAACGACGAACCACCCGUAGACUUGGCCGAUGAUACGGAGCAAUAUUUGAAAAGUAAGUUGAGCGAAUGGCGUAGUUCGGAAUCAGCGACGACGGUAUGGAACAGACACGCGAUCGCAAUACUUCGAGGAUUCUUAUCGAAACUGAAAGAUUUUGGUAAAGGUCAACCGGACAAAAAAGAAAUCAAACAAUUAUGCAGAGCGUAUUAUACACACGGUUUUAUUCUGAAUCUCCGACAUUCGAGUAACGGAGAACUCGCAGAACAGAUACUUUCGACUAAAAUACACAAGACCUCUGGACCCGUUGAAUUUGCGUUGGCUUGUCACGUUCAAAGAUACGUCGGUAACGCCCAUUCUCUCUGGUUAGCUGUACUAGUUUUAAGAACUCGAGACUGACAGCGAGUAACCCUUUUACAAAGAGCACCUCUGCUGGCCCGUUCGCCUAGAAAACUGACAAUUCGACGUCACAAUUUACACUCGGUUGUGUACACUUCUUCGUUGGAUAGAAAAAAAAAAAACUCAUGAAUAUUUCAAUGUGCUAUUUGCGAUAUGUGCGAUGUAUUAUAAAUUCCUGCUAGCCUAGCGAUUAUUGUCGCAAUGUUUUCGAUUUGUACAAUGGCAACACAUUCGGUGGACGCUCGCCCUACACAAAAAAAAGUAAACAGAACAAGAUAAAUAACGAGACCAAGAAAACAGAUAGUGUGCGGUUCAAUGAAAAAACCCUUGCAGAUGUCUGAAAAUGCGUUUCAUAAAAGCAUUUUUCGGCAAUGCCGUUUUUAUAACAAGACUGGUAAUAAUAUUGUUACAAUAAUCUUCAUAACGAUCAACACAAUAAUAAUAACAUUUUAUUGCCUACACUACAGUAUUAUCGGGCAAAUGAAUCGAACAACGAAUUGAUAAAUAAAUAACUCAAUCAAUCGAUACCUUGCAUUCCGGUACUGCAGAUGUUGAAAAAAUGUAUUCAUAAAAUGAACAUUCAUAAAAAAGAAAUGACAAAACGAGUCUAUGAUAUACUAUAGUUAAUUACUAUAGCCUAUUGCUAAUCGUCCGCAGCAUUGAUUACAAUAUCGAAUUACGAUAAUCAUAUCAAAGCACGCUGACUAUUGACUCGCCGAAAUAUUGCAUUUCAAAAUUCGAAUGAAAAAAAGAGUAAACUGAAGGAAAUCAAUAUUCUACGAAAUCAUUCAUUGAGUUUACCGUUUUGAGCUUGAAGCGGUUUUUUCAUAUAAUUAUGUUUCUAUUAAUUGUAUAAUAAUUGGCGCACAGUAUUACGAAGAGGUUCACAGUUUACGGAAUCUUAUUUAAUCGUCAUUAUUAUGUGUAUUAAUAUAUUUACAAAUCAUGGAAUCAUGUUUUUCAUUUUCAUCUUUUUCCAAAGUCAUGCAGCAUACUUAUGGCAAAUUGAAUAUAAAACGAAAUUUCUAAUCUCGAAUACGACAUGUUCGUUAUUAAUAUCUAAAAAUUAGAAUUGACCAAAUGAUUAUUCGAAAUAUUUUCGAUUUUCUUGUUAUUCAUGAUGGAGCGUCGCGACAAUCCUAAAGGAUCAAAGACAUUUAA